UUUCUAUCUCCUCCAGCUAUUUUCGUGACUGCCAAUCACGGUGUUAACAACAGAACUCAGGAUGCCAUGGCAUUGUGGGUCGAGGACUUGAAAGUAAAUAGCUUUAAGAUUUGCUUGAGGGAAGCCAAGAUUUUCGAUGGUCCACACAAGAACCUAAAAGUAAAUUGGAUAGCUUUCAACAACAUCAGCGUCGACAACUUUACCUUCAUCAACAGUUUGUUAUUUUCCAGUACAAACUCACCAUCUCCGCAGCAUAUUUACGCCUUUUGUCAAACCAUAAACUUUACAGAGCCCUUCUACGCUCCACCGGUUGUUUUGGUGACUGCAAAGCGAAGCACUAGAAUGAACAAUUCUCUUCAAUCCGGCUCCCAAUGCAAUGCUGUCACUACCUGGGUGGAGCACACAUCUAAAACUGAAGCUCAGAUUUGUGUCAAAACAUUUAACAGCGAUUCAAUCAAUAAGGAUGUCAUUACCGUGGAUUACAUGGUGACUGGUGACUUGGACCCUUGUAUUGACGUCGUUUGCCAUUAUCACUGUCUGUGCAAAGCAUUUGGGACUUAUGAUGCUAGAUGCGUUUCUGUAGAGAGCUGUCCAUCAUACCAAGAACCUAUCUGCUCAUCAAACGGCUCAACAUACGAUAACGAGUGUCUGUUUCGGCAGGAAAUGUGUAUUCUUCGACUUAACUACACUGUACAGCACCCUGGUAGCUGUGAAGGAUUUCCUUUUCAGCGCGGUCGUCGCCACAUGCCGCACAUCCCAUCGCUUGGAUAUUCUCAUUGCGAAGUCAUUCGCCUCAGGCCAUUUGUGUUCUAUCCUGACAAGGCCCUCGAAGUUCAGAUCACAGUCAAUCAUAUUGACACCAGUGACAAGUCUUACGGCAAAAUGAUCGACGCAUUUUCUCGAAAUUGGCUUCAAAAUCAAAGCAAGUUUUUCAAAUCAAACUGA